GACAGAAAGAGGGAGUGGAGAGAAAAAUAGUGGUUGUCUGUGGCUCUCACGGAAAGUUGUCUCACCAAAAGAGAGGGGGUUAUUUAUUUAUUUUUCCAUUGUUAAUUUUAUCAUCGUGGAACAUAUUGAAUAAAAUACUUGUUAUUAAACUGGGAAUUUCUUCAAUCUGAGAUUUAAUCUCAGACUGAUUCUUCUUGUGGGACUAGUUUUAUUAGGAUCCUACUAGUUGUCUGGUGUGGAUAUAAUACCAGUCUGUCUUUAAGAUGGGGUCCAGAACUCUUCUACUUGUUCUGGGUCUUCAUUUCACUCUUCUGGGGAACCUAGAGGCCAUAGAUUGCGACCCGGGCUUCACAGCCAAAGGGAGACUGUGUGAUGAUUGUGAAUGUGAUGAUAUAGAUGAGUGUAAAGAGUGGGACAGUACCCCACCCUGUGGAAGUAAAGCUGAAUGUUCCAACACACCGGGGAGCUUCUACUGUCACUGUCUACCUGGGUUCAUAUCCACAAUGAAUGUCUACUUUACUCCUCUCACUGGGGAAUGUAAGGACUUCGAUGAGUGCCUGGAGAAACCACAUGUUUGUGGCAACAACACCAUUUGCCUCAACAUCAUCGGGAGCUACAACUGCCAGUGUCAACCUGGGUUCAGAGUUACUUACACUGGACGCUGUACAGAUGAGGAUGAGUGUGUGUGGGUUCCCCCGGUGUGCGGCGCUCUGGGCAUGUGCACAAACACACCUGGCCGAUACACCUGCACCUGUCCGUCAGGGCUCAGUAACCACGGCAACAACACUGCCCCCUGUACAGACAUCGAUGAGUGCCUGGAGAAACCACAGUUUUGUGGCAGCAACGCCAGUUGCCUCAACACAAUUGGGAGCUACCACUGCCAGUGUCAACCUGGGUUCAGAUUCUCUAAUCACACUGUGAAGAACUGAUGGAAAUUCCAAUAUCAAGUUUUCUGAUGAGUUUAGCAAUGGUUUUGUCACGUCUGCUCCUGCUCCCCCUCUCUGACGCUCGAGGUUGCCAGGCGGCUCAUCAUUACUCACACCUCUCACCAUCGUUACGCGCCCCAGCGUUUCAUCGGACUCACCUGGACUCCAUCACGUCAUUGAUUAUCUACCCUAUAUCUGUCACCCCCUCCAGUUCAUUUUACGCGUCUGCAUUGAUGUUGUUUUGUUUCUCCUGUUCAGACGCUGUUCCUGUUUUUCAUGUCUGUUAAUCCAUUAAAUAUUCAUUCCCUGUA